AUCUCUUUGGAUUAAAGGAAGCGAAAAUUUUACCAAUCAUUCUAAAACAACGAACUUGGGUGGCUAAAUCUAAACAAUCCUUGUCUUGAGCCAAUUGGAGAAAGAAAUGAAAAUCACCAUGUCUUCUUCGCUUCAUUCUCUCCCUUCACCAGCUCAAACCCUUGUCUCCAACUUCAAUUCUCCAUUAGAGCUGAAGCAAGCUCAUGCCCAUCUCAUUAAAACCAACUCUCCUCUCUCUCUCAUCCCUCCCUCUCGAGUCGCUUCCGUUUGUGCUUUAUCUCUCGCUGAUGUCUCUUACGCCCAUCGACUUCUCACCCAUUUCCCUCAACCCCAAAUCGUUGUUUGGAACUCUUGCUUAAAAACUUUAGCUGAAAGUGACUCCCCUUUUGAUGCUAUCGUUUUGUUUUGUCGUUUACGUGACCUCGAUGUUGUUCCCGAUAGUUUCACCUGCGCUUUCGUUCUCAAAGCUUGCACGGCUUUGUUGGAUGAUAAAAAUGGUAAGAUCGUUCAUGGGGUUAUCGAGAAACUUGGGUUUCAUUGGAACUUGGUUUUACAAAAUAUGAUUUUGAACUUGUAUGGAUUGUGCGGAGAAAUGAGUACUGCUCGGUUGGUGUUCGAUAAAAUGCCCCAACGAGAUGUUGUCAGUUGGAAUGUUAUGAUUACCCAUUUAGUGAAAAGCGGAGAUUUCGAGGGUGCUUACAGGUUAUUUUCCUGUAUGCCAGAGAGAAAUGUGAGGUCGUGGACAAUGAUGAUUUCCUCGUGUGUUCACAACGGGAAGCCCAGGGAAGGGGUUGAAUUGUUUAUGGAGAUGGAGAAGAUUGGAGUGCAGGCUAAUGAGAUCACUGUAGUGGCUGUUCUUUCAGCUUGUGCUGAUUUGGGUGCACUUGACUUGGGAAAGAGAGUCCAUGAAUACUCCAAAAGAAGUGGAUUUGGAAGGAAUGUUAGAGUUUUGAAUACUUUGAUUGAUAUGUAUGUGAAAUGUGGUUGCUUGGAGGAAGCUAGAACAGUUUUCGAGGAGAUGGAGGAACGAACAGUAGUGUCAUGGUCGGCUAUGAUACAAGGGCUUGCAAUCCAUGGACAAGCUCAGGAAGCUCUAAGGGUUUUCUCAAUGAUGAUUGAAACGGGGAUGAUGCCUAAUGGGGUGACCUUUAUUGGACUCUUGCAUGCAUGUAGUCACAUGGGGCUGGUUGAUGAAGGUCGUCGGUUCUUUUCCGGCAUGACUAGAGACUACGGUAUUAUACCCGAGAUUGAACAUUAUGGCUGCAUGGUUGAUCUUUAUAGCCGAGCAGGGCUUCUUCAAGAAGCCCACGAGUUCAUAAUGAAUAUGCCUCUAAAACCGAAUGGAGUUGUAUGGGGAGCUCUCCUUGGUGGAUGCAAGGUUCAUAAAAACAUUGAACUAGCUGAGGAAGCUACUAGACAUCUUGCUCGACUCGAUCCUCUUAAUGAUGGAUACUACAUUGUUUUAUCUAAUAUCUAUGCUGAAGCUGAAAGGUGGGAAGAUGCAGUAAGAGUAAGGAAGCUAAUGAAAAACCGUGGCGUGAAGAAGACGCCAGGGUGUAGUUCGAUCAUGGUCGAUGGAGUCAUUCAUGAAUUUGUUGCUGGGGAUGAUUCACAUUCUCAAGCUAUUGAAAUAUUUGAUAUGUGGGAAAAACUAGUGGAUCACAUGAGGCAAAGAGGAUAUAAACCGGACACAUCGGUUGUUCUAUUGGAUGUAGAAGAGAAAGAGAAGGAGAAGUUUCUAUAUCGCCAUAGCGAAAAAUUAGCACUCUGUUUUGGACUGAUAAACACACCUCCUGGAUCACUGAUUAGGAUAAUGAAGAACCUCCGAGUUUGUGAAGACUGUCAUGCAGCUUUCAAAUUGAUAUCAUCAAUUGUUAAUAGGGAAAUUGUUGUUCGUGACCGGAAUCGUUUCCAUUGUUUCAAAGACGGUGCUUGCUCUUGCCAGGGUUACUGGUAAGCAGUUCAAAAACAUUAUUAUGAACUAUGUAGCCUGCAAUAACUUUUUACAAAAUUGAUAUAUGUAUAAAAGAAAGAAUUUCGG